AUGGGACGCCAUUCAAUCGUCGAAGAAAUUUACGAUAAUGAGUCUAAAAUCAACUUCGGCGUACCGGACAGCGUCCGAAGCGUGGACGGUGUGAUGCACAACCCAGCAAUGGGAAGCUCAAUCCAACUAUUCGAAAGGGAACCCUCACUCGAAGAACAGCAAAGAAGAUUUGAAGUGCGAGAAUGGCUGGUCUUUAUCUGUAUCGUUAUCCUGGCGAUGAUGGAUUCGUUCAAUGCGACCAUUUUGAUCCCAGCCUUACCUGACCUGGCAAACACAUUUGCAAAACCACUAGCAAGCACAUUCUGGGUCAACACGGUAUACCUCCUUUUCGGCGCAAGCAGUCAACUCUACUUCACAAUGAUGAGCGAAGUCUUCAACCACGGACCUAUAUGGAUCAUUGCCGUAGUCCUCGCAACAAUUGGCACAGGUAUCUGCUGUGGCUCCAUGAGUCUUGUGGAACUUAUAAUUGGCCGCAUGAUCCAGGGUAUCGGCGGCGGCGGCACAAUGAGCCUGUGCUUCGUGAUAAUGACCGAGACCGCGCCUGAAUCCAUUCACUCACGGUAUUCAUGCUAUAUCCUGCUUACACGCAUGUGUGGAGGCAUUCUGGGCCCCAUUAUCGGAGGCUUGUUUGUCGAUAAUGCCAACUGGAGGUGGGCGUUUUAUUUCAACUUUAUUUUCUGCGCGCUUGGUCUGCUGGCUAUUCCAUUUGCUGUUGAUCUUCGUGCAUUGAAACAUAUCCCGCUGCGGAAAUUGCGCAUUUUGGAUUGGUCGGGUGCUACUUUGGCCUUUUUGGGUCUUGGGACUAUCCUGGUUGGUCUUUCUUGGGGUGGGAGCUUGUAUCGCUGGAGGGACUGGCAGACAAUUGUACCUCUUGCGGUUGGUGCUGUCAUUCUCCUUGCGCUUCUCUUUUGGGAGUCCAAGUGGGCGCUGCAUCCGCAGUUUGGGAGGAGGGUAUUUCGGUCGAGGAUGAUGACUAUGACACAUCUAGGGUGCUUUUUGCAUGGCUUUGUGGUCUUUGCCCAUUUGCAAUUAUUCCCGUUAUACUUCAUGUCCACUCAUUAUAUGUCCACCACCUUGUCAGGUCUCACCCUGCUAGCCAUGGUUGGAAUUGCGAUUGCGCCGGCCACUGUGGUUGGUAUCAUUCUUGCGAAAGAGUUGAGAUGUACCCAGUGGAUCAUCUCUGGUGGUUGGAUCUUGACUUCCCUUGGCAGUGGAUGCUCUAUCCUCUUGGAUAGCUCCACGCCGACCGUGGCGUGGGUAUUUUUGUUGUUUACAGCAGGCCUUGGGCAUGGUCUGUUGCUUGCGAGUUACAAUGUUCGCAUCCAGAAUCUGCCCAAAGACGGGGAUUGCUCCCUGUCGACCCUGCCAACAACCAUGUCAUAUUACAUGCGAUCUUGGGGUAUGGCAGUCGCGGUCCCUGUCGGAGGGGUUGUGUUAUUGAACUUCUUCGGCAAUGGACUUGCAAGUGUUGACCUGGAUCGAGGCAUGGUAAACUCUGCCAACGGAUAUCUCAUUCUGAUGAAGGAUGUCAGCAUGACAAGUAAACAGAGAGAGGCGGUUACAAUUGUUUCGGUCGCGGCAUUUCAAGCGGUAUGGGAUCUCAUCACAGCCGUGGCUAUUCUUGGGGGGAUUUCGUCUGGUUUCCUGUGGCGAAAGAAAAUCAUGUGA